UUUUUUUCUCCACUGUCUGGAAUGUAGAGGAGAUUAUCAAUUAACAGGUUGAUUAACAUUGGAUAACUUUACAAAAGAUUUGACAGUUUACAUUUUCUAUUUUAGACAUUAAGUAAAAUCACAAACGAAAGAAACAUAAGAUUAAAUUAUUCUCUGGAAAUAGUGACACAACUAAACACUAACAUCCACAGAAUUUUGAAGAACACACUAUUAUUGUGAUAUUUAUGACAGAUUAUUCUCUCAUAAUGAAUAAUUUGACUGAACCAAAAACCCCUGAUACAAAAGAGAAGCCAUAUCAUUGUGAUAUCUGUGGUAAAUCAUUUUCUAAUUGUGGUAACUUGACUAAACACAAACGUACACAUACAGGAGGGAAACCAUAUCACUGUGAUGUCUGUGGUAAAUCAUUCUCGCAAAAUGGUCAUUUGACUCAUCAAAAACAUAUUCAUACUGGGGAAAAACCAUAUCAGUGUAAUAUCUAUGGUAAAUCAUUUCCUGAGUCUGCUCCCUUGAGAUCACACAAACGUGUUCAUACAGGAGAGAAGCCAUAUCACUGUGAUAUUUGUGGUAGGUCAUUCUCUCAAAGGAGUAACUUGACUACACACACAUACACACAUACAGGAGAGAAGCCAUUUCAUUGUGAUAUCUGUGAUAAAUCGUUCGCUAGCAAUAGUGUAUUGACUAAUCACAAACGCAGUCAUACUGGGGAAAAUCCAUAUCAGUGUGAUAUCUGCGGUAAAUCAUUUUCCAGAACUGACACUGUCACUCGUCACAAACGUAUUCAUACUGAGGAAAAACCGUAUCAGUGUGAUAUCUGUGGUAAAUCAUUUUCUCAAGGUGGUGACGUGCUUAAACACAAACGUACUCAUACAGGUGAGAAGCCCUAUCAUUGUACUAUCUGUGGUAGAUCAUUUUCUGGAAGUAGUGACUUGAUUAAACACAAACGUAUACAUACGGGAGAGAAACCGUAUCAUUGUAAUAUCUGUGGUAAAUCAUUCUCUACAAAUAGCUAUUUGAUUAGUCACAAAUGUAUUAAUACUGAAGAAAACCCAUAUCAGUGUGAUAUUUGUGGUAAAUCAUUUUCUCACAACAAGACUUUAAAUAAUCACAGACGUAUUCAUACAGGAGAGAAGCCAUAUCAUUGUUAUAUUUGUGGUAAAUCAUUCUCCCAAAGUGGGGUCUUGUCUAAACACAAACGUACCCAUACAGGGAAGAAACCACAUGAUUGUGAUAUCUGGUGAAUCAUUCUCUAGCAAUAGUAACAAGCAUAUUCAUACUGGGGAAAAAAACCAUAUCAAUGUCAUAUCUGUGGUAAACCAUUCUCUGCAAAUGGCCUCUUAAGUACUCGUGAGUAUUCAUACACAAGUGUAACUGUAUCAGUAUUAAAAUUUAUUACAA